CUAUCAUCAACGUGGUGACAAUGACGCAGGCGCAUUUUCGAGCUAGAAUACAGGGUGUCUUUAUGUACAGCUGGAGGUAUAAAAUAUGGUUGAAUUCAAUAACGCCCAGUGAAAUAACGCCCAUUUUGUCUAAUCUUGCAUUUUUAAAAUAACUAUUAUCAAACACUUUAAAAUUAGAGACGCUGAACUCAGGUUCGAUAUAAAAAUGCCAGACAGAAGAUUGAAGCAGACAUUCACUUAGGCAUUUUUGUAAAAUGAACAGGUAACAUAUUAUUACUUUCUUGUUUUGGAUCCUAGCUAAUCUGAGAUAUAGUAAUUUGUUUCUUGUUUUACAUUUACGGUUUAAAUUGUAUUUUAAAUACUUGCUUUCAUGGGUUUAAAAUCAGUCAUCAACCUAAGUCAUCAAUCCACCAAAAAUCCCCUUUAUCCGUUCAGUCGAUAGCAAUUAGCGUUUCAAAUAUUUUAAACUAGAGCUCAUUUUCGUCAUGGAUUAGAUCAACAACUGGUUAAUGUUGAAUUCAAAUAAAUCACUUGUUCAGUUACAAUACAAUGGCUAAAUUUGUAGGACAACUUUUUGGACUGUUUCUGUGCUUGCAUUGUGUGACAGAGCUCCACGGACUCUUCAUGAAGUUCACCAAUGUGACCUGCGAGAGCAAGGAUCUCAACAUGGGCACUGUGGAGUACUGCGAGUUGAAAACACUUGGCAAAAAUAAAAACAGUGUAAGACUGCGCUACAGUAUGCUCAAGCCAGUAUUUGGCAAUAUAGGGUUUCAUUUUCAGCUUAUGACGAAGGGUAGUGAUAAACUCGAUGGAUCUUCAAAUUGGCAGCCCUUUCUCUAUGCAAUGAACCUUGAUUUGUGUCGAUUUUGGAAGAACCGCCAAAAUUACUUGGCCAGGAUGGUGUUUGUACUUAUAGAAGGUCAUUCGAAUCUGAACCACAGCUGCCCCUAUUCGAAAGAAAAAUACAUUGCUAUAGAUGGCAUUACCAAUACUGACGUUUCUAACCAGAUCCGUGGAAUGCCUUUGGCCAAGGGUUUCUACGCAUUGUUCACAAAGUGGUCAACAGACAACAUUACACGAGUUCUGACCAACUUUUACUUUGAAGUUUUGAGUGUUUGAAAAAUAAGUAAAUAGAAUUUGUACCC